UGUUUGUUCGUAAACCGUCGGUCGUUUAAUGUUGCUCCGUGAGUUUUAGAUAAUUAGUUGAUCUAGGAUACAGUGUACACAUAAAAUGAUUAACAUGGAAACAGACAAGAUCAUCGAGGACCCGAACACGUACCUUCAGUUUCCAAUGACGAUACUCUACGAUCCUGCCAGGAAGAAAGAACCACCGACUGGAGCAUCUGCACAGUACAGUCAAGAACGUGAAACUUGUAUGAAAUUAUUUGAGCGAUGGAGCGAACCAGAGCAAGUGCAGUUCGUCGAACAAUUAUUGGCAAGAAUGUGCCACUAUCAACAUGGGCACAUAAAUGCUUACCUGAAACCAAUGCUGCAAAGAGACUUUAUAUCUCUUUUACCAAAAAAAGGUCUAGACCAUGUUGCCGAAAGCAUUCUUUCCUAUUUGGAUGCGGACUCAUUGUGUGCUGCCGAAAUGGUCUGCAAAGGAUGGUACAGAGUAAUAAGCGAGGGAAUGCUCUGGAAAAAAUUAAUAGAACGCAAAAUAAGGACUGACUCGUUAUGGAGGGGUUUGGCGGAAAGAACAGGAUGGAUACAGUAUUUCUUUAAACCACGACCAGGAGAGACCCAUCCAAAUCAUAUAUUCUACAGAACACUUUUCCCGAAAAUAAUCACAGAUAUCGACAAUAUAGAAAAUAAUUGGCGAAUGGGAAGGCACAAUCUUCAAAGAAUAAAUUGCCGCAGUGAAAAUUCUAAAGGUGUCUACUGUCUGCAGUACGAUGAUCAAAAAAUAGUAUCGGGUUUGAGGGAUAACACAAUAAAAAUAUGGGACAGAAACACGUUACAGUGUAUCAAAGUUCUCACCGGACAUACUGGAUCAGUCUUGUGCCUGCAGUACGACGACAAAGCUAUCAUUUCGGGAUCUUCCGACAGCACUGUCAGAGUAUGGGAUGCGAAUACUGGCGAAAUGCUUAAUACCCUUAUACAUCAUUGCGAGGCUGUUCUACAUUUGCGGUUUAAUAACGGAAUGAUGGUCACGUGUUCUAAGGAUCGAUCAAUUGCGGUGUGGGACAUGACCUCACAAACAGAAAUAACGUUACGCAGGGUAUUGGUGGGUCAUAGGGCAGCUGUCAAUGUUGUAGAUUUUGACGAAAAAUACAUAGUGUCAGCGAGUGGUGAUAGAACUAUUAAAGUGUGGAACACAUCCACUUGUGAGUUUGUGCGAACAUUAAUUGGACACAAGCGGGGUAUCGCGUGUUUGCAAUAUAGGGAUCGCCUAGUAGUCAGUGGCAGCAGCGAUAACACAAUCAGACUAUGGGACAUUGAGUGUGGUGCGUGUUUACGUGUCCUUGAGGGUCAUGAAGAGCUGGUUAGAUGCAUCAGAUUCGACAACAAGCGAAUUGUCAGUGGCGCCUAUGAUGGAAAAAUCAAGGUCUGGGAUCUGGUGUCGGCUCUAGAUCCUCGCGCACCUGCGAGUACACUUUGUUUACGUACAUUAGUGGAGCACACCGGACGCGUUUUCCGCCUUCAGUUUGACGAGUUCCAGAUAGUCUCGUCUUCACACGACGAUACAAUCCUCAUUUGGGACUUCUUGAACUUUAGCCCACCAGAAGGAACACCCGCAAGUGGUAACGCAUCAAUUAAUACGUCAGUGGCUAAUCAAUCUAGUACCAGAUCUCCCUCUCCAUUUGAGUGACGCAUCUACACGCAGAUUCCUUUAUUGUGAUAUGACUACACGUGGUUAGUGUGUGAAUUAAAUGUGUUCACGAUAGUACGUGCAGAGAACGAAGAACCAGUGUUAAGUGUGACCAGAGCCCAAACAGACAAGACUUCUCUCAAAAGACUCAACUUUUGUUUGUAUUAUUUGCCGUGAAACGCAAAGAAAUUCUGUACCGUGGAAAAAAAUGAGAAAAGAAAAAUAAUGUACUGACUGCUAAUACUGCAAAUUAAUUUAUACAUGCUCGGCAUACAGCAAUGUAUUCGAAGACGAUACGAAUUAAACUAUAUAAUUAAUACGAUACAUCCCAUGGAUGUAGAUGAAUAUUGUCUGGUUUGGCAAACACCUGGAAUUCUUCUACGCUCUAUGUCACGAUAGAAGAUGACCAUUUUCCUAUAAUGAAAAACGAAAAAGACUUGAAAUACGCGACAAAGUGGGGACGUUUUUAGGGAGGCUGGAUACACCUAAUAAGAAAGAAAUAGAUGUAUUAUAAUAAAUUAAAGAUUUUUUAUGUAAUUAAUUAAUUUAUAGAUAAGAAAAUCGCUGAGUACCGUUUCAUCAGAGUACUUAUUCGGUGUGCAUGGAAUUUGAUUUGUGAAAGAAUUAUUGUAAUUCAUAAAACCUAUUUUAAUGUUUUUCGCGAUUAGCUAAUCUAUAUUGCUAUUUAUUUAGCAAAAUAGGUACACUGACACCACCAUUGAUCUCAGUCGAAAUUAACUGGAUUAUAAAAUAAUCUUCGCCAAUGUCACGAUGUAGCAAAGCCAGUUAGAAUUAAGAUUCCCUACAAUGGAAAAUGAUCCAACCAUCUUUGUGUGAUUUUACUCUACGUCAUUUGAUAAUUACAAAUACAUACACAUUUAAAUCGAUUGGCAGAUUGUAUCGACGGCAGUGUUUUGACUUCCGCCAAUCUCCAGGUAUCAAGAUGUAAUACUACCAACAUCAAAAAAGGUGUCAGUCGUAUAAUUUAGUGUUAGUUAUUAAUUUAUAUAUCAAAGGCAAUUAUGUAAUAGUUACAACGAUUCGAUUGUACAUAGUAAUCAAAUAAUUCUUUUGUAAUAUUAAAAUGUUUUGCAUUGUCAUAUCAAGAAUCUUACCAUGCUAUUGAUUUAAGAUCGUCUGUCGUGCUGCUCACCAUACUACCCUUUACAGAUCGCACAUAUUUAGUUUUUUUUUCUUCAUCGCAAAUAAAGAAAUCGAAGCUUUAUUCUUGAAAAUUAUCCAAAGAUGGUUGACACACAUUCCUGUUGUAAAUGAUUUUAGAUCAUAUUUGCAAUAAACAAUAAUGGCAGAAA